AUGGCCCUUUCCUGCCUAGGGAGUUCCGCUGCCAUAGAGAGCUCCCCGACAGCGGACCCGCCAUCUGAGCCACUAUCUGCCGGCCUGGUGUUCGGGCUGGGUGCCCUGGGGAGCUGGGACGAGGCGGCCGUCGGUUCACCCGUGGUGCGAUGCUACGUGGGGGAUAACGAGCAGCGCUGGUUCAUGUGGUACAGCGGCCGCCGCUCUGAUUCGCCAGCAGCCGCCGGGGUGGAUGUGCUGGCGCCCUCAUCUGGCAGCAUCGGCGUCGCCGUGUCGCGCGAUGGAAUUCGUUGGUCUCGGGGCUAUGACAUAAUCGAGGGUGCCCGAGGCUCCGACGCCGCGGGAGAUGUGGGCACCAUCAUGGGUCCCAACGGGGAUUGGUGGACCUUCGACACGUGCCACCUAGCUCCAGCGGACGUGCAGGUGCUCUCCAACAGCUCCGUCAGCAGCGGAGUGGGCGUUUAUUGGAUGUUCUACUCUGGAGGGGACUUUGAGCCGGUGAUGCUCCCGGAGGGCUUUCCGAGCAGCGGGGAGCGGCGGCCCGUGGAGGGACUGCGGCUGCGGCCGGGACUGGCCAUGAGCCAGGUCACGGAUGUGGCACUUGAGGAUGGCCGCAACUGGGCCCGCAUAGAGGCGGACCACCACACGGGGGCGCUGUUCGAAGUGGGGACCGCGCAGGGAGAGGCGGCGCUGCUCUUCAACGGCAGCAUGCAGGUGCUCGCGGUGGGGCCACGCGACAUGCGCAUGUACUACACCGCAUACGACACCUCCCGCCGGCGCUUCGUGGUCGCACUCGCCACGUCACCCGACGGCUUCAAGUGGACCCAGAAGGGCGUCGUAUUUGAUCCCGCUGCGAUUGGCGGCGCCGCAGCCGUAUCGGACGACGAGGACGGCGGCGCCGCCUCAUUCGACGCAUUGGGCCCUGCUGCGCUCAGUGUCGUACGUGACAUCGACAACCGCCAAUUCUUGAUGUACUAUGAGGCUGUUGCAACCGAUAACCGUCGCAGUAUUGGCCUGGCGGUUUCCAAGGACGGCACAUCUUGGAGGCGCUACCCGGCAGCAGUCCUGGAGCCCGCCACGGAGCCCAGCCCCUCCGGGAGCGACCCGUGGGACGGUGGCGACGUAGGCAGUCCCUGCGCCGUGUCCAUGUCAGCAGGACGGUGGCGGUUGUACUACGGCGGAAGGAAGCAGAGCGGGCAAGGGCCCUGGCAGGGCAUCGGCUUGGCGCUCAGCUUGGAGAGCGGACCAACCUUCGAGGGGGUGCCCGUGCAGUACAAACGCCGGGCGGCUAAGCCCCAACCCGCCACUUAG